AAGUGUAACAACGUUUAUAUUUGUAUUGAAACUACAGGUAAAGGGUAAAAAAUGACGCUAAAAACAAUAUCCAGUAGACAGAUAUAUAACGUUUGUGAAAUGCAGUCUUUUUGCAUUUUCUGCAGCUGUUACGUUUUAAGUCACAUGGAUACAGUCACCUGUGUAGCUUGUUAUUCCUGUUCUGCUGAGAUAAGUCUACGGUCCAACAGACUAUUCCUCUUGGUCCUUCUCAGGUCCAUCAGUACAUCUUUCCCAAACCCCGUCAUGGUCUAAGAACACCUCUCUUUUCACCUCCUGGGUUCAUCAGAAAAAAAUUAGGAUAACACUUGCAGUCCCCGUCAGGCACGUUGGUGCAUCUCUCUACAUCCUUGUUUGAUCCCUCAGAGGGUCUUUAUGUUCCUUGGGCCCUUCACGAUGCUCCUCUCUCUGUCCCCUGACGCGGGCGCUCAGUUUUGCUGAGCUGUCAUGCGCUGAUGCAAAUGGGGCUGAGAGAUGACCGGGCUGAGAUAAAUCGGGGGAGGGGGAGAACAAACAGGAACAACACGGGGAGUUUCGCGUGGGGAAAGGAGGACAGAGAGGCCGCGCGUGCCAAAAAAGAUUCAGAAAAGGGUAAAGAGAGAGCAGAGUCACAGAGAGAGCGGGGAGAAUCCUAAUAGAGCAUAGGAUGUGAGGGCGAGGAGGAAGGGCACAGAGGAGAGGAGACGCCGGCGAGGUACGGACUGCAGUGCUGCGACGGACUCUGCGGCGGAUGCGGACACCGGAGCGGUGGGGGACAGUCCUCCAGUUUUCAGCGCGGUCACCGAGAGCUCAGCUGUGCGCUGUCCUCGCGACCCCAUGGAUUCCCAACUCCUGCUUAAUUGGAUGAAGCGCUAUUGCCCUUGUUUUAGCGCGCUUAGGAGCCUGGACUGGAAUAAAAGUGAUGAGAGGCUGCUGCAGGCCGUGGAGCAGAACAACCCCGACAAGGCUGCCGCCCUGCUGGUGAAGAAGGGGCUCUGCCCCUCCAAGCUAGAUCCCGAUGGAAAAUCUGCGUUCCACGUUAGUGCAUCGAAGGGACGUAUGGACUGUCUGGAUGUCUUCCUGUCACAUGGCGUAGAUGUCACCAGCCCGGAUGGGAGCGGACUGAGUGCGCUGCACCUCGCAGCUAAAAAUGGCCACGCCACAUGCGUGAGGAGGCUGCUGCGGGAGGGGAUCCCCGUGGAUUUAAUCGAUGGUUUUGGCAGGACAGCCCUUCAUCACGCAGUGGUUCAUGGAUACUUUUCUUGCGUAGAGAUGCUGGGGAAUUUCAAGGCGUGUGUAAAUGCUCAAGAUGCGGAUGGGGUGACACCGCUCCUCCUGGCUGCUCAAAUGGGGCGCGCGGAGCUAUGUGUCUUCUUGUUAGACCAAGGCGCUAAUGUCAACCAGCCAGACAGUGAGGGCAGGUCAGCCCUGAUGCUGGCGUAUAAGAACGGCAAUUUGGAGACAAUCGAUGCAUUGCUGAGGGGUGGAGCCAACCCUCAGUCAGCCAAUGAGGCGCAGUGUUUGAAUAAAUUGCUCCAGCCCACAGUACAAGCACCGGAAGGCACCGGUGAGGAGAUGGAAGAUAUUUUCAGGCUGAAACCAGGGAGAGCUCAUCUACUGCAUAAGCUUGAGACCCUGGAGCGGCAGCACCACAGCGCCCACAGUGUCCUGGAGGAGCUGUGUGUUCUGCAGGAACAGCUGGAGAAGGUGGAGGGAGAGAGGGUCAGGCUCCAGGUGGCCAUCCAGAAUCUGCUGGAGACCCCCCAGUUGGAGACAGAGAAUUUUGGGGCUGAGAAGCCUCUCUCCCCAAAGUCGCGGGACUCAGAGCCAGAGUUUGUCUCUGCCCGGGAAGACUAUAUGUCCCAGGGUGACUGUGAUUCGCUCCGUACCCCCCUCAGCCAGGGGAACCUGCAUGCCUGGUGGACUCUGCAGGGACAGAUGGAGGACCAGAUUCUCAAAGCACAGAGGAUGGAGAUGUCGGAAUCGGACAGUGUGGACAUGCAGAGCUUAUACUCACUCCUGGUCCCUAUUGAUCAGUUUGACGCUCUCGCAAAUGACAAUGAAGACCAACAGAAGACCGUCUGUGAGUCCCAGGCUUCUGCUGCAGCCCCCAGCUUGGCAAAAGAAGACGGGUGUGUUGGCCCUAUGGGGCCAAAUGAACAUGUGGAGGAGCUGGAGGACAUGGGGGAGCUGAGGCGGAGGUUACAGGGCCUGGAGAAAGAGCUGGCCCAGGCCUUGAUGGAACUGAAUGAGUUAAAAAGUCAAGUGCCAGAUAGACUUAUGGUUGCCAGUGAAAACCGGGAUGUAGACCAGUGUCGAGGAGAUAAGGUGCCUGCAGAAAAUAUAGAUUGGAAUAGAGAAGAUGGGAGAGGUGGUGGCGAGGAGAGGGAAGAGACUGAUGAGGAAGUAAAGCCAGAGGUGAAACUGGAUGAAAAGUAUGAGGAGUCAGAGGUGCAGUUGGAUAAGCCGAAGGAGCAGCAUGAUGUGCAACUAGAAGAAAAAGAGGAGAUAGAGAGUGAUCUGAAGAAGAAAAAGGAGGGAUUACGUGUGGAGUUACACAAGAAGGAGAGAGAGGCAGAAAGUGAGCUGAGCAGGAAUGAGGAGUCAAAACUGCAGCCAGAAAAGAAAGAUGAGGGAUCAGAGGUACAGCUGGGCAAGAAAGAGGAGGAGUCAAAGGUGCAUUUGGGCAAUAAAGAGGAGGAGUCAAAGGUGCAUUUGGGCAAUAAAGAGGAGGAGACAAAGGUGCAUUUGGGCAACAAAGAGGAGGAGUCAAAGGUGCAUUUGGGCAACAAAGAGGAGGAGUCAAAGGUGCAUUUGGGCAACAAAGAGGAGGAGUCAAAGGUGCAUUUGGGCAAUAAAGAGGAGGAGACAAAGGUGCAUUUGGGCAAUAAAGAGGUGGAGUCAAAGGUGCAUUUGGGCAACAAAGAGGAGGAGUCAAAGGUGCAUUUGGGCAAUAAAGAGGUGGAGUCAAAGGUGCAUUUGGGCAACAAAGAGGAGGAGUCAAAUGUGCAUUUGGGCAAGAAAGAGGAGGAGUCAAAGGUGCAUUUGGGCAAGAAAGAGGAGGAGUCAAAGGUGCAUUUGGGAAAGAAAGAGGAGGAGUCAGAGGUACAGCUGGAAAUGAAAGGGGAGAAGCUAGAAGUCGAGAAACAGGAGGAGCCAAAAGUGCAGCUAGCCAAGAAAGAGGAAUGUCAAGAGUUAAAUGUGGAGCUGAUCAAGAGAAAGGAGGAGCCGGAGGUACAGCUGGAAAAGAAAUCUCCACAUCUAGACAAGAAAGAGGACCCAGAGAUGAAGCUGGACAAGAAAGAGGAAGAGUCAAAGGCACAUCUGGACAAGAAAGAGGAGGAGUCAAAGGCACAUCUGGACAAGAAAGAGGAGGUGAAGCUGGACAAGAAAGAGGAGGAACCAGAGGUGAAGCUGGACAAGAAAGAGGAGGAGUCAAAGGCACAUCUGGACAAGAAAGAGGAGGAGUCAAAGGCACAUCUGGACAAGAAAGAGGAGGUGAAGCUGGACAAGAAAGAGGAGGAACCAGAGGUGAAGCUGGACAAGAAAGAGGAGGAGUCAAAAGUGGAUCUGGACAAGAAAGAGGAGGAGUCAAAGGUGGAUCUGGACAAGAAGGAGGAGGAGUCCAUACAUCUGAACAAGAAAGAGGAGGAACCAGAGGUGAAGCUGGACAAGAAAGAGGAGGUGAAGCUGGACAAGAAAGAGGAGGAACCAGAGGUGAAGCUGGACAAGAAAGAGGAGGAGUCAAAGGCACAUCUGGACAAGAAAGAGGAGGAGUCAAAGGCACAUCUGGACAAGAAACCGGAGGUGAAGCUGGACAAGAAAGAGGAGGAACCAGAGGUGAAACUGGACAAGAAAGAGGAUGAGUCAAAGGUGGAUCUGGACAAGAAAGGGGAGGAGUCAAAGGUGGAUCUGGACAAGGAGGAGGAGGAGUCCAUACAUCUGAACAAGAAAGAGGAAGAACCAGAGGUGAAGCUGGACAAGAAAGAGGAGGAGUCAAAGGUGGAUCUGGACAAGAAAAUAGAGGGCUCAGGGGUAAAGCUAGACAAGAAAGAGGGAGACAGAGUUGUAGCUGAACAUGAAACUGAGGUGCAAUUAGGCAAGAAAGAGGAGACAGAGGCUAUUCUGGUUAAGAGAGGGGUAGACAGAGAGGCUCUGACGAAGAGGGGAGGAGACACUGAAGGGGAUGCUGUAACCGGCAGCCAGCAAGAAGAGGAGCAGCAGGGUGUGAUGCAGGUAGGGUUAGAUAUGCUGAGGCUCACCUUUAGUCUGCAGCUGGAGCAGGUUGCCCGCGAACGGGCCGAGGCAGCCAGUCAGCUCAGUGAGGCUCUUUUGGAGCUAAAGAGGCUACAGUGUCUGCCUGCUGCAGACAAGGAAGAUUGCUGCACCCAGACUUCAUUGGGUUGUGCUGAUAUUACAGUGGAGGAGGAAUUAAUCAUGCAACAGGAGGUGAAUAAUUGCUUAUGCAGACAGCAAGAUGUCCUGCAUACCUCCCAGCACCAGGAGGCACUGUCCAAAUUUACCGAUGAACUUGCCAAAGUAGCCCGUGAGCUCCAAGUGGAGAGGGCCCUUCGCAAGAAUGCUGACCAAGAAAUAGCCAGGUUACAGGCUGAAUUGCAAGUCAUCCAGCAAGAUAUGAUAUCCAAAGAAGAGCAUGAAAAAGUAAAGUUAGCCUUGCAGCAUUCCCUAGAGGCAAACGGGAGCAGUGUAUGGGAGGCGCAACAGGCGCAGAGAAAUGGCCAGCAGGGGGCAGCGACCUGGGAGGAACGCGAGGUGCUGUGUAACAUGCUACGGGGCCAGCUCAGCAGCCUUACCACUCGGCUGAACGAUCUCUCACGCAAGCACCAGAACACCUGCAGCCAGGUGCUGAGGGUGCAGAGGGAGGCUCUGUUCAGCAAGGCUGCGCGGCAGGCAGCUGAGGCCCAGCUGUCCAUUGCUAGGCAGCACCUGGCAUACCUGAGAACCCAGUCUGACCACCUGGGUGCAGCCAAGGAGGGUGGCGGGCUCCCAGACCUUUCCCCGGAGAUCCUCUACGGGAGUCUUCCUCUGACACUUGUCCUUCCCUCGUCUCCUUGCUCCGACCAGCAGGUGGCACCAAAGAGCAGAGUAGCCACUUUGAAACGGCAGCUCCAGGACUGGGAGGAGAAGCAUCGCGCUGUGGUGUCUGUGUACCGGGCGCACCUUCUAGCAGCUGUUCAGGGCCGCAUGGACGAGGAGGUGCAGGCCCUCCUACUGCAGAUCCUGAGGAUGACCCAGACUGAACCGGGCCACUGAGAAGAUGCCGGGCCCCCACCCAUGUGGGAAUCACUGGGAAUCUGUAUUGCGUAUCAUACACAGCCGCUGCCUUUCUGCUCCACAUGUGGACUGGUCCAGGAUGGGAAUCACUUAGCUCUGUAGUUAUCGCAUUAGGCUGUGGAAAUGACAUAACGAACUAGACGCUGAAUUACAAUUUAGACCAGGAAUAUGGGCGGAGUCACACCAGGACUUCGGCCGACAUUCUGUCAUUUUAUGUCCAGAUAAUAACACUUCAUACUUUCACUUCUGUCUACCGAGAUCAAUAGGUUCCUUCAAUAAACGAGAAGUGAUUCUG